AUGUCACCGGCCUUGGAGCCCCCGCGUCCCCCAGCUGAGAGUGCAGGCAUCACAGGCCGAAAGCAGGGCGGCGGCGGCGGCGGCGGCAAGAUGGGCGAGAACAGCGGCGCGCUGAGCGCGCAGGCGGCCGUGGGGCCCGGAGGGCGCACCCGGCCGGAGGUGCGCUCGAUGGUGGACGUGCUGGCGGACCACGCGGGCGAGCUCGUGCGCACCGACAGCCCCAACUUCCUCUGCUCCGUGCUGCCCUCGCACUGGCGCUGCAACAAGACGCUGCCGGUCGCGUUCAAGGUGGUGGCGCUAGGGGACGUGCCGGAUGGGACCGUGGUGACGGUGAUGGCCGGCAACGAUGAGAACUACUCGGCUGAACUGCGCAAUGCCUCAGCGGUCAUGAAGAACCAGGUGGCCAGGUUCAACGACCUUCGCUUCGUGGGCCGCAGUGGGCGAGGGAAGAGUUUCACACUGACCAUCACCGUGUUCACCAACCCCACCCAAGUGGCCACCUACCACAGAGCCAUCAAGGUGACCGUGGAUGGACCCCGGGAACCCAGACGGCACCGGCAGAAGCUGGAGGACCAGACCAAGGCCUUCUCCGACCGCUUCGGGGACCUGGAACGACUGCGCAUGCGUGUGACGCCCAGCGCGCCCAGUCCCCGCGGCUCCAUCAGCACCGCCAGCCACUUCAGCAGCCAGGCCCAGACGCCCAUCCAAGGCACCUCAGACCUGAACCCUUUCUCCGACCCCCGCCAGUUCGACCGCUCCUUCCCAGCGCUGCAGACCUUCACCGAGAGCCGCUUCCCCGACCCCAGGAUGCAUUACCCGGGGGCCAUGCCCGCCGCCUUCCCCUACAGCGCCACGCCGUCGGGCAGCCUCAGCGUGGCCAGCGUGCCGGCCGCCGGCCGUUUCCACCACACCUACCUCCCGCCGCCCUACCCGGGGGGCCCGCAGAACCAGAGCGGGCCUUUCCAGGCCAACCCGUCCCCCUACCACCUCUACUACGGCGCGUCCUCCGGCUCCUACCAGUUCUCCAUGGUGGCCGGCAGCAGCAGCGGGGGCGACCGCUCCCCGACCCGCAUGCUGGCCUCCUGCACCAGCAGCGCCUCCGUCGCCGCCGGCAACCUCAUGAACCCCAGCCUGGGUGGCCAGAGCGACAGUGUGGAGGCGGACGGCAGCCACAGCAACUCCCCCACCGCCCUGAGCACGCCGGGCCGCAUGGACGAGGCCGUGUGGCGGCCCUACUGACCACCCGGGUCAGAGUUGAGUGCGCCCAACAUAGGCAGGGACCCCGCGAACCCUCCCGACAGAUGGCUGGCCCGGCUCGGAGGCUCUGGACGCGAAUGAGACUUCGGCUCCAGACCGGUGGCAGGCCCGGGGUCCACGAGUCCUGGGCUCGGAGCUGGCGGGUGGCUCCGAAGAGCAUCUAGUCCAGCCAUGUCAUUGUACAGAUAGGUAGGGACCUCCCUCAGGUCACCGCCCCCAGCCCAGAUCCUCAUCAUCUCACCCCACGUGGGGAAAGUUUCCUGCCACGUCCCCCAGGAACGACCUAGCUAUGCCCGGUGCUGGCCCAGGGCCCCCCCGGGGGCAGAGACCACGUCUGUUCCAGACGGAGGUGACAUUUGCCCUCAUGGCUUGGCCUCUUACCCACGGGGCCCUGGAAAGACCUCCCCACCUCCCCCCACCACCUUCCUCAGAGACCCCCACCCCAUAGGCCCAGCGCUCCCCGCCCCACAUUCAUACAAACUGAGUCAGAACAGGAAGGCCUCCCACCCCUCAUUGUAUCCAUGGGGAGGGGACCCAUCCAGAGGCCCCAGGAAGGCGCUGGCAGACAUGAGAUGAAGACACCCCCAGCCAGGUGCCCCCCCCCCGCCGGCUCUGCUUCCCGACGAUUCCUAACAGCUCAAAGCCGCCCCUCCCCCGCCCCAGCCAUCUGUGGGUCCCAGGCCCCAGAGUAGACUAGCCAAUGGCAGCAGCAGGUCCCUAAAACCAGGAAAGACACCUGCCAUCGGGUCCUCCAUGCACUUUACCAGCCCAAGACCUGCCCCCCCUGUUCUCUUGGUGGAGGAUCAGGGAUCCCCCCAUCCCUCUAGGCUGGUCUCAAAAUGGCCAUUUUUGGAGAGAGCACAGGGACCAGAAAGGUCCUGGCGGAAGACGUUGGGGUUUGAGGGCACAGAGCCGGACCUCGGCAUCCUGUCCCACACAGGCCCAGCCUCGCUGUGCACGCCCCCACGCCCAGCCUCGUGGGCCAGAACCUCCGACAGCCCUCCAUCUUUGCUCCAGAAGCGGUCUUGAGCAGAAACCGGUUUUUAAAGCUGAUUUUAGAAAGAGUAGCAUCCAGUGUUUUCAGACACGUUGCCUGUUACAGGUAAAGCCCUGUCCCGGUGAACAGCAUGCCCUCCGCCCCCAAGAGCGUGGGAUUGUUGAGGCCUCUGCACCUCCUCCCGAGGCCACACUCCUCCAGUGAGUGUCCCACCAACUUCCACCAAAGGAAGUUCCCCUGCGUUGGAGGGGACCAGAGGGAGACCCAGGCGAUGCUGGAAUUCACAUCUGUGCCUCUUAGACAUCUGCCCCAGAGGACAUGUUGGGGUGCAGAGCCGGGGCUGCGUGUGGGUGGAACAGGAGGGCCAUAGGGGGCCCAGCGGCCUCAGCUCAGCACCCCCUGUGCUCAGAGGUGAAGUACCGUUUGCAAAUGGGGAGGCCUCGGGGUUCAGGCUGCCUAGAUUCUUGCAUCUGAGUUUAAUUCUAAAAAGGUGUCAGUGGCAAAGGACAAGGGCCUCAGGGCUAGACAGCGUGUGGUUUUUAGUAAGUUUCAGCCACAUCCUCUGUGGAUGUGACAGUCUCCCCUCCUCAGUUGUCGUCUCCGUCACAGCUCUCGGCCUGCCCUACCGCCCCAGCCUGUAACAGCCGGCGGACGAUGCGCCCCGGCUACACACCUCGGCGAGUUAGGAAGUCCUUCUGGGGAUCUCACUCAGACCCCUCCUGCUGCAGUUUCUCUCGUCCCGUCCUCACUGGAAAAAGCAGUCUCCAUCUCUUCACAACAGCUGCGGGGGUGCCCUGCUGACUCCCGACACCCAGGGGGCUCUCCACCCCUUCUCAGGAAGCAGCUACAAACCCCCUACCCCUGGACCUUGUUCACGCCUGUUCUCUGUGGUGACAGACCGGCCCCCCAGGCCCGCGUGGGAGGCACCCUUGGGUUCCCAGCGCCCAGCACUUUGUAGCGCCGCUCUGGAUUACCAGCCCUUCCUGAGAGCCAAGCCCUGGCAGGGGCAGAGACAGGAAAUAAAUUGACCCCACCCCCACCCCCUGAUGCUAGCCAUGCCGAGCCCAAUUUUAAGGCCCAUAGUGGGCACGGAGAGCCUGGGCUGCUAAAAAUGGGUCCUUAUUUACAAGGCUGCUUUAAAGUUGCAUCAGGCAAACACUGAGAAAGCACAAGGAGACUGAGGGGUUCUGAUGCCAUGAUACUGUAAGCCUGUUGGUGGCAGGUACAGACCCUUUGUGACACAUUGUCAUGUCGAGGUAUUAACGCCUGCCACACACCUACCUUCAGUAAGUCCGUCCCAGAGCAGGGAAGAGGGUGGGAAGGGGUAGAAACUGCUUUGCACUAUAAUUUGCUUGAUGUGUUUGUUUUCAAUGCACAACUUGCCUGUACAGUAAACUGUCUGUCUUCUGUACUAUUUAACUGUAAAAUGGAAUUUUGACUGAUUUGUUACAAUAAUAUAACUCUGAGAUGCA